AUGAAGAAGGUCAAACAAGGCGUGGUUAAACAUGUCAGUCAGCUACUACAUGUUCCCAGAUCCGAAACGAAUGAAGCUCGAAUAAAGAUCAAUAUACGUAAGAAAUUAAACGAUAUUUUGGAGAACAAUGGUGAGAUAGUCAACUACAAUAAACGGUUCGUGGCAAGGACUCAAAAAUAUGCGAGAGAUGACAAGAAUCUCUUGGGUUCGCUAAAUAAGCUAAAACGAGCUUAUGAUUCAGUAACAUUUCUCGAUAAAGAUGGUAAACCAUUCAGUGUGGAAAAACUACGAAUCAAUGAUCUCAAAUUCAGAAAUGAACAAUCCAGAGUCAUAUUUGAUAAUGUAAUGAGAAUCAAAGAUAUGACAAAGAAACAGGUUAAUCGUGGCUUGGCAUUGACAUUACUAGGAACCAACCAAAAACAAUUGAACGACCCAUACUUUGUCACAAAAAAUGUUGUUGAUCUACUAGCGUAUGAUCAAGAUACAAAGCGUGCCAACUACUUGUGUCGCAUCACUCCUAAAAAUGCCAUCGUGGCAAUGAAUACAAUAAUGGAGUGGCAUUUUGAUAGAAAAGAUCAGAAAAAUGGAAUCAAAUCAUUCAAUGAACGAAGAGAUUUCGGUGUACCUUGUGACUCAUAUACAUUUCUUAAAUUUUUUGAUGGUGUGGCAAAGACUAGUGAAUGGGGUAAAAUUAAAGAUGAAAUGUGUGAUCGAAUGAUUGAAACUUUCAAGACUUCCAGAGUCCAAUUUCAAGACGAUAAUAAAAUGACAACAUCAAUUUUCAAUGCAUGUUUGAGUAUUUUGGUGAAAAAUUUUACCUUUAGACAAGUUAAAGCAUGGCUGUUUUUUGAUGAAUUAAUUGAGAAUAAGGAUUUGGGGAUUAAGGGGAUCAAUCCUGAUGCACAAACAUUUACAAUCCUUUUGCAAGGACUUCGCAAGUACUCGGAUCAUGAAAAACACAAGAUUUUAGCAGACACAAAGCUUUCUUCUCAUGAACGAAUAGUGAAAUUAUUGGAUUUGGAGGCUGGUCAUAUCAAAACCGCCGAUAUAAUUUUCGAAAAAGUGAAAACCGUUGCAGCCCCACCUUCUCCUACAUCGAACCCUGAGCAAGAUAAGAAAAACAUUGCCAAAUGGAGAAAAUCAAGACUUGAAAUUGAUUUCCCUGUUAUCACCACUUAUGUCAGUAGCUUUUGCAGUCGUGAUUCUGCUACUGGUCUUGAUUUGAAAAGUGGAUCACAUUACUUGUACAAUGAAAAAGCAUUGGAGAUUCUUCGGAGUGUUUCAUCCGAAGUUGAGGCAAUAUUGAGCUUCUUGGAGCAAAAUGAGGGUAAACCUAAUGAGCCAAUCACUAGCUCUUCCAAAGUGAAGGAUUAUACUGACUUGAGAAUUAAGUUAGCUGUCAAUGGUGUCAAGGAUGUUCAGUUGAAUUAUGUUUCCAAAGUUGAUGAGCUUAUACCAGCCAAUGUUGUGAAAGAACUCAGUCUGCCAAUAAAUCCACAAGCCUACAUCCCCUAUCUUGACAAGUUCAAGUCGCAUCUUGAACCUUUAAUCGAUUUCAAACGUGACUGGUCAUUUGUGGAAAAGACAUCCACCAGAGGCAAGAAAAAGAAAUCAGAAUUAGAGCAUGAGGACCAAUACCGAUACUCCAUAAAUGCAUACAUUUUAAAUCAAGUGUUCGAUAGUCUUAUUAAUAUGGGUAAAUUCAAGCAAUUUGUACAAGCAUUUUGGUUCUCAAUGAUUCAAUGGGGUGGAAUGAGAUUAUACACUGCUGAUUUGAAAAAAUACAAUGUUUUGGACAAUUUUUUGAGUAAAGUACAAAUUCGCAAACAUCAAGAUGCUAGGAUCCCUUCAAUUAUAGAUGAUGUUAUGUUUAAUUCGUUUAUUUAUAAAGUUGCCGAACAUGGAAGACAAAAUGGAUCAACGAGGACAAAUAUGAUAUUGGAAAUGUUUACUGCUUUGACGUAUUCUAAGUAUCGCGUGGGAAGUAUUGAGGUGGGUCAAAAUCAUAUUGAUCAUAUUUGUUCUACAUUAGUUAAGGAUUUGCAUUAUUAUAAUGAUUCAAUAAAGAAAAAACAAUAUAGUGCCAAACCGCAUAUAACACAAGCACAGUUGAUUGAAUUUCUCCACAACUUAAAUGUAUUUGGUCAAACACAUGCCGCUUAUAUGGACAAGUCUAAAUUUGUUGUUGCAUCGAAUGCAUUCUAUCAGUUUAUGGAUAAAGUAAACAAGACAUUAUAUUCUGCCAACUGGAUCAACUUUGAGAACGAUAAGCAGAAAUUGCAAAUUUACAAGUUAUUAAUCAGGGCAAACAUCCGAUACUACAAACCCAAAUUCAUGGUGUUCAAGACUGAUCCAAAGACAUAUUGUGUGUCAAUAGAGACUGCUGUAAAGGAAUCAUUGAAAUUGAUGGGAAAUAUUGACGAUUUGAAUGAUCAAGACAUGAAAUUGAAGACGGCGUUCAAGAAAUUGUUGAAUUUGAGGGUAAAUGAGUUAGAUAAGGAACGAUAUGAAGCUUUUCUCAAGGAGAUUUACCAAUUGAUCGAUAUUGAAAAAAGAAUCAAAAUAUCUAAUGACAAGGAAAAGACACAAAAUUUUGUCUCCGCUGAAUCUCAGGACCAUCAGUUCUCAGAUGUCAAAAUGGAGACGUCAUAUACUGCAAAGAAAUUCACUUCUUCAGUGUCAGAUCCGGUGCAGAUCUGA